CCGGCCCUGGAUUCCACUUCCGUUCCACUAUCGCUGCGGGAGCAGCUUCCUUCAGGCCCCGCGCCGCCUCCGGAGUCCAUGGCCGGCACGCGCUGGGUACUCGGGGCGCUGCUCCGGGGCUGCGGCUGUAACUGCAGCAGCUGCCGGCGCACCGGCGCCGCCUGCCUGCCCUUGUACUCUGCCGCUGGCUCUAUCCCGUCGGGCGUCUCCGGCCGCCGCCGCCUGCUGCUGCUGCUCGGGGCCGCCGCGGCCGCUGCCUCCCAGACGCGUGGCCUCCAGACCGGGCCUGUGCCUCCCGGGAGGCUGGCGGGGCCUCCCCCUGUGGCCACCUCUGCCGCGGCCGCGGCCGCCGCGUCCUACCCUGCCCUCCGUGCCUCUCUGCUGCCGCAGUCGCUGGCGGCGGCGGCGGCCGCGGUCCCGACGCGCAGCUACAGCCAGGUACGUGGGCGCCGCGAGGGACCUGGCGCGAGAUCCCUCCCAGGCCGCGUGCACGCGCCCCCGCGCCCCUCCGUCCCUCCGUGUGCGCCUCGCGGGCACGCCCGGGGAUCCGCGACACUCGCCGCACACCCGCCCCCGUCCACCCUGUGCUCCUAUUGGGCCCUGGAACAAGGGAAGCUCUCCCAGGCGUCGGGUUUUCUGCUUGUUUUGUUCUCGCCUCGAGUCUCUGGUCGGUUGGGCAGUGAGUCCAAAACUACUUACCUGGAGGACCUUCCACCACCCCCUGAGUGUGAAUUGGCCCCGUCCAAGUUAGAAGAGGAAGUGGAUGAUGUCUUUCUCAUUCGAGCUCAAGGACUGCCCUGGUCAUGCACUAUGGAAGAUGUGCUUAACUUUUUUUCAGACUGCAGAAUCCGCAACGGUGAGAAUGGAAUACAUUUUCUCCUAAACAGAGAUGGGAAACGAAGGGGUGAUGCCUUAAUUGAAAUGGAGUCAGAGCAGGAUGUGCAGAAAGCCUUAGAGAAGCACCGCAUGUACAUGGGCCAGCGGUAUGUGGAAGUAUAUGAGAUAAACAAUGAAGAUGUGGAUGCCUUAAUGAAGAGCUUGCAAGUCAAAUCUUCGCCUGUGGUAAAUGAUGGUGUGGUUCGUUUGAGAGGACUUCCUUAUAGUUGCAAUGAGAAAGACAUUGUAGACUUCUUUGCAGGACUGAAUAUAGUUGACAUUACUUUUGUGAUGGACUAUAGAGGGAGGCGAAAAACAGGGGAAGCCUAUGUGCAAUUUGAAGAACCAGAAAUGGCCAACCAAGCCCUGUUGAAACACAGGGAAGAAAUUGGUAAUCGAUACAUCGAGAUAUUUCCAAGCAGAAGGAAUGAAGUUCGAACACAUGUCGGUUCUUAUAAGGGAAAGAAAAUCGCAUCUUUUCCUACUGCUAAGUAUAUAACUGAGCCAGAAAUGGUCUUUGAAGAACAUGAAGUAAAUGAGGAUAUUCAACCCAUGACAGCUUUUGAAAGUGAGAAGGAAAUAGAAUUGCCUAAGGAGGUGCCAGAAAAGCUUCCAGAGGCUGCUGAUUUUGGAACUGCGUCUUCUCUGCAUUUUGUCCACAUGAGGGGAUUACCUUUCCAAGCCAAUGCCCAAGACAUUAUAAACUUUUUUGCUCCACUCAAGCCUGUUAGAAUCACCAUGGAAUACAGCUCCAGUGGGAAGGCCACUGGAGAAGCUGAUGUGCACUUUGAGACCCAUGAGGAUGCUGUUGCAGCGAUGCUCAAGGAUCGGUCCCACGUUCAUCAUAGGUAUAUUGAACUGUUCCUGAAUUCAUGUCCAAAAGGAAAAUAAGACUCUAGGGGCUCCAGAUAAUAAGGGUGAAGCAAGAAGCAUUUCAUUUGCACAUCUUUCUUGGACUUGGGAUAUACAGUUCCAGUUUAUUAGCAGCAACUGCUAGGGAAAUGAUUUUGGUGUUUUGGGUUAAUUGCUUCUAAGAAAAGUUUCAUAGUGGACUGUUUAGAAGAAGAAAUGAAAGAUCCAGUUUGGGAUUAUGAAAUAAACCACAAAUUAAAAUUUUUGUUUAAACUGUCCAGGAUCUGAUUUAAAAAUAUGGUCUUUGUUUUAUAUGAUUAAAUGGUUUGUUUUCAUAGAUGAUAUGUUACUCAUUGUAAAGACCACAUAUUUUUAUUCAGCAGUGUUCUUUAAACGCUUUCAUUUAAAAAGUAACUUUUUUUUUUUUUGCCUGUGAAUUGAGUGCUCUGAUGUAAAACUUCUCAUGGAGUGAAACAGUGAUUUAUUUUAACCAAACAUUCACCAAAGCAAAGAACGGUUUCAGACCUUUGAACUGGUAUGGUUUGGCAGAAUAGUUUUAAAUUUUGCUGUAUUUGAUUACUUAGAGAUAGGAAUUUUUAAAAAUCAAAACAAAAAAUACCACAGCUUAGUGUAAAUGACAAUUUGGCGGUUUUAUGUCUUUAGAAAUGUUUUGCCUUUCUAAAGCCUUGUGCUAUAGGCGUAUAACGGUGGUGCCUAUCUACUUAAGGGGGCAUUCUAGUCUUAACUUAAAAGUUGUCUAAACUGUCCCUCCCUGGCUUUUUUUGGUUUGGGGUAAACCUAAGGGUGUUUGUUAGUCUCAAAACUGUGAAGUGACAUGUCAGAACAGUCCAGACUGGUAAGAAAAUUAAUGGCUUCACUUGAAUUUAAACCAGCUCUAGAUAGGAAAAAAAUCAGUCUCCUCAUUUGCUUUUUUAAUGCAGUAGUACAUCCCAUAUUUUAAAACAAGUAGGGGUGCCUUGCUUAAAUAAAAAUAGCAUUUAAUGUAUAAUUGUGUGAAGGGUUUAUGGAUAAAGCUGUACUUCUGUCACAAUGUGGCAGUACUUUCUGCUUUAAUAUUAAACAGCUUGUUAUUUAAAUAUUGGACAAAAUGGCUGGCUUCAACAUAUAGUCAUUAAUAAACUAACUUUAUGUGCACCUGUGUAGGAGAAUCAAAAUCCUGUAUGCUUUCUUUGCCUUGUUCCUGUUCUCAGGGUGACGACUGCCACCAGGAGAUGCAGUUCUAGUUCUUAAAAUUAAAUUUGCCCAGGUUUCUGACAGGUGAUACCUGGAAGAGAGACUAUGUCUUCUCUUACUUAAUACAUAACCAUCUUUGAUUACCAGCUAAGAUGUGAAAUCACUGUACUGUAGUCAAUAAAUGAAGACUUGUUUCAGGCUGAA